AAUUAAGACAAACAAACAAUUGUAAAAUUUUUUUACGAAAUACAUUAUAUUUUCCUGGAUUAUAAACGAAUUUCAUACCUAAAAGUAAAACGGUGUAAAGUGAUUCUGCGGUGUUUUUUGACAAAUGAACGGCAGUUUCAAGCAAUUCGUGCACAGAACUAUUUAUUUUCUUCUAUGUAACAAAAGUUUAGCAGAUUUAUGCAGAAAGAACAUGUCUUACGAUGUAAAGCAGAGAUAUAAUAUAAACGAUAAUAAAUUUACUUGAUGUGUGCUUAGAGAGACGCAUUUGUUACCACUUUCCAAAAAGCACAAUCUACCACAAAAAAGAAUGGGAACUAAUACAUUCUGACGUUUAUAGACCCAUUAGUACUAGAUCUAUUGCUGGCUCUAAGUAUUUUGUGAGUUUUUGAUCUCUAUUUCUAAAGUCAAAAUCGGAAGUCGUUGAAAUUUCAACUCGUUGAUAACGCAGGAGAAUACAUUAAUAUCCAUAUUUGGAAAGAAACGUUAUUGUUAGGCAACGUAUUGCUCCAUAUACUCUACAACAAAAUGGGGUUGCUGGGGUGGCCUGGUAGGCCACGUCCGGUUAGUACUGGUAAAGCUGGAAAACCAAGGAAAGUUUGUAAUGAAUUAUGUUUACUUGAACAAACACUUUGCAGCAAACAUAAAGACAUACGGGUAGAAGCUUCACUAAAGAAAUACACAUCACUGGUUCUAAAUGGUUGUUUGCUAUAAAACGAAAUAGACAAGACAAAAUAGAGCGUUCAAAGGCUAAAGCCUGUAUUCAACAAAUCGGCAUGAAUUAUCAAGAAGCUUUUUCUCCUUAUUAUAAGAAUGCUAUUCACAUUGGCUGUGUAAUGGAAAAUUCUUUUACAUCGAUGUCACAACAACUUCCUUCAACGGCGAAAGUUGUGAUGAAUUUUGCCUGAAACAGUCUGACGACAUCGAAAAUAACAAACAUCCUGAAAUCGCUUUAUUGAUUAAAACAAGCAGACAAAGGGCCAAAUUAUUAACAUAAUGGUGAUCUCAAGAAAUUAACCUUCAUAGCACAUCGAAAUAAACUUUGUUUGUGCAACUUGAAUCGGAACGAGAAUAUAGUUUUAAUCGCCGUCUUUGUUGACGAUAUUGUAAUUGCUUGCAAGGACAAGCAAAAAAGGAAUUUGAAGCAUUUUGAAAUGGAACAUUGUAAACCAAUUUCAACGCUCUCUCUGAGAUACAACACUCUUCCAAACCACAAACCACUCGUGUCAUAGAAACGCAAACAAAAUAAAAAUGUUGCGGGGAGAACUUUUCUGAACUUUUGUUUAUUUUCAUAGAACAAGUUGCAGUUUUUGUUCAUUUUCAUCGAAAAGUUGAUGUUUAUUUAUACAAAAUUUUGCUAAUUCUAGAAUUGUACAUUGAUACAACGAAUCGAUGUUGAGCUAUUUGUGAGAAUUAGCAUUGAAAGACUGCUCAAGCGCUUGCAAGCUAUGUUGUUGGACGUGCACAACGGAAGACGGAUCCACAAAUGAAACGUAUUUCGGCUCUAAACCGUGUUUUAUGUCUUGUGAUUCGUACCAAAGAUUGAAAAUCAAAUUAUGUACAGAGUAGCGAAAUAGUCGGAGAAUAUGUUGAUCAUUUACAGGUUUCAUGUUUCGGAAAAUGUGCUGUAACGUGGGUAUUUAAAAAACAAUCCUCAGUUGCAGUCAGUAGCACGAAGUACAUGGGCAUAAAAAACUUUAAAAGAUUGAAAAACAUUUUAGAGCUCAAAGUUUGUGCUUCUGUUGUAAAUUUACUAAAAUUUCUUCUCGUGCUCCUUGAUUUCUUCCAGCAACUCUAUAUCCAUCCAAUCCGGCAGCACAAUUCGAUAUUUUUGAUGUUUUUUUAGAUGUAUGGCUAACCACGAAGGCACAUCCACUAACAUUCUGGCAUGAAAAGGGUUCAAACUACCUGAUAUCAAAUGACGAAAUUUCUAUAUCACGAAUCUGCGGAAAAAUGGGCUGCCGUAGCCUUAAAUCGCUUAAAUCAGCACGAAAUCUAAAUAUAAAGUCUCUGGUUUUAUAUUUUACAAACCAAAAUAAAAAACAAAAUACUAAUACAAAACUUGAAUAAUUUAGCUUCAAACAAAGCAUAUCUCGGCAAAAUAAAUAUUCGUCUUAAUUGAAAGCCACAGUUUGGCAGGAAUAUUUAAGAUUAGUCUAUCUCAAAUCAACAUCCCAACAAAAAAAAAAUUAAAUAAUAAUACUUAAUAUGAAACGUGUCUCUUUGCAUGGAUCUUUUUUUGGUGCGUUUGGAGAUGUCCUCAGAUUGUACAGCCUCGCUAUUAAAAAACCAAAUAAACGGUCAGUGAUCGACGUACGUUGUCGCAAUUGCAGAAAUUAUUGGAAAACACUUUCACAAAAAAGUACUCCCGCACAUCAGUCUCCAAACAGACCAGCGCAACCAGCAGGCAGAACAGCCAAUGACUAGCGAUGAGAACGCCCGAAGACGAAACGUAGACUUAAAUCGCUGGCACUUAAAAUUCGGUGGUUCAGGCAAGGGUCUCACGAUUGAGAAGUUUAUCUUCAGAGUAGAACGCCUCAGGCAGCAACAGCAAAUAAGCCACGAUGAGCUAUUCACCGAGUUUCACUGUUUACUGGCCAGUCAAGCAAGCAAAUGGUACUGGCAGCUGCUGGAAGACUGAGAAGGAGACUCCCCGUUCAACUAUUUUGCCUUAAAAGCUGAGCUCCUCAAUCAGAUUCAGAUUACGAACUAAUAAGGGAGGUCGUGAAGCGAAAGCAGCAGCAGUCAAAGAACUUCGAGGACUACUACGCCAAGAUACACGACCUGACCUUCCGCUUGCGGAGACAGAUCCCCGAAACGGAGUUGAUGAAAAUUAUGGAAUCGUACCUUAAGCCCAGCCUAGCAACGCUCAUCUUUACCACCAAGGUGGAAAGCUUCGCCGAACUCAAGGCAGAAUGUAAAAGGGCGGAGAAGCUGCUAAAAGAAAACAGACCUAGACCAAGCAUGAUAAAGGUAAAGACAGACAGCGUGAGGAUGGUGAUGCUCAAAGAAACGGUAGUAGGUGGGCCAACACCUACAAUACAAAUAAGCGUCAGGAAGAGCGACGCCAGUUUCAACCUACAACGUCACCUGCAGGCCAGCCGAAGCAAGCUGAAACGCCCAUAAGGACAACGCGGGAUCACCACAUUUCCAGGCAAGCACCAGCGGUCGCAGUAAAUAGGGCGCAGAAUAUCUCCUUUCGCCACUACCGUUCCAUCUAACCUUAUGCUAUGUUUGUGGUAGGCCAGGGGAUUGCUUUCUGAAAAAUCCCGCUGAAAGCGUGGUAUGUUUUGUGUGCAGCAAGAACGAGAGCUAUUGCGCGCUACCACCAUCGGAAAACAUCAGGCGGGCGAGGCAAACCGGGAACCCUGCCAGACGAGACACCACCCGGAACAACAGCAGUAACAAUAUUACGGAUGGAAGGGAGAUGCGAAGGAAAACCAACGGAACAAGACGCCACCGCACGUAGAAGCUUUGUACAGAGGAUCGCAGACUACCAACGAAAACACCGCGGAGUUUUUAGCGCCGAAAUUCGAAACAGACGAGCGCUCACUAGGAAAUACAGAAAGAUUCUUGUGCUGCGCCAGAGAAGAAAGGCUUAUAAGAGAUUUCAGCGAACGGAAGUCUCAGCAAUUGUUACCCUGGAGCACGAUAACAGGAUGUUCGCUCGAACUAAAACUGACAACACCGAAAUAGCCGCUCUGUUGGACACAGGAGUCAGCGUUGUGGAGCAGGAGCAACAAAAAUUCGUCGAGAGUCGAAAACACAAAAUCGUAAAGCUUCGAAGCCAGCAUGUCCGAACGGCGAACGGGGAUAAAACACCGGUAUGCGGGAUCAUCACCCUACCAGUCGAGUGGGAAGGGGAGACUAGGAACAUCGAAUUCUACAUAGUACCGAAGCUGCGGCAACAGUUCUACUUCGGCGUAGAUUUCUGAAAGACCUUUGGCUUAUCCUUCGCCACCAAAGCAGACACCAUUAAUUCCUCUAAUAAAUGCCAGGUAUUCGAUGGUAUAAGCCAAGAAGACGAUAACUCCAAGAAUCACCGAAAUUCAUCACUUCAACUGACCGGUGUGAAGCACAGCUCCCUAGAUAAAGGCAAGAAAUGAUUUCUACGCAAUAUCUUGAAAAGUUCAGCGAAUCUAUUGAAUUCACCUCAUCAAUAUCACCGUUACGCAAUCAUCUUCAACAACAGCAGCAGCUUCAGCUUUACAACGCUCAAACGAUAAAAGCAGCAGCAAGUCACCACAAUAAGCUAUUGCCUUUUUCGAUAGCUAUUAGCUACAGUGCUAAAUAUAAUAAUCACAACGAAUUGGCGGGACGUACACGCGUCAACAAAAAUUUAAGUAGUCAAAACAAUAUGCGAAGAUCUCCAAUGCUUCAUCCACCUGCAACUACUGCAACAACAAACCAAUAUCUUCAUCAAUCACAGAAACAGCGGCAAUAUGAAUACUUGACACCGAGUCGUCAUCCGCAUCAGCAGCAGCAUCAUCACCAUCGCCAUAACGUACGAAAUCAGCAACAAUCGCCUUCAACUACACAGCCUGCCGGCAACAGUACUACAGGCCUUAAUUUAAGCACAGAUGUCAUGGUAACUACAACAGCUCAAUGUAGUAAAUCCUAUUUUCACCCACAUCGAAUUCGUACACAAACCAAAUUUCAGCAAAUCUAUUAUCAAACAGCUACUCAGCAAUGAUAAAUAGUGAAUUCGAAUUGUCUACUAACACGGAUGAUGGAAGUGGUAAUGAUGGCGAACCUGAUGGCAGCAUUAGCCUAACACCUUGGGACUUGGCCACGGAAGCGUUAAAAGAUUCACAUCCUAUAGAUCGCGGACGCUUGCUAAGCUUGUUGCAAAGAAUUUUAAAUGAAAUUCAACACUAUCGUAGAUGAAAUCAACAACUCAAAGAGUUGCUCGACUUAUGAAAUGAACAAAUUAGGAAACUUAAUAACGAUUUGCAAAUUUGCUGACAUCAGCUAGACUCACUUCAGCCAAAUCACACAUAUGAUAAUGACGUAACUGCGUAGCAGAUGCUUUCACGAGUCCUACUGGAAAAAAACUCACAACCUUGUGAACCUGGAAGGUAUGAGGUAAUUUCGAAGAAAACAAGUACAAGAAUUACUAACCAUUCAAACCAGAAUGUGGAACUGCUGAUGAAGCGUGAAUAUUGCCAGACAAACAAUUGUCAUUAACAAAAAUUUUGGAAGGAUGCUAGGGGUACACCACCCCAAAGAUAUUUUCUCCAUUUGAGACCUCUUGAAUACACACCUUCGAAGCACAGGCACCGCCCGGCUAGCUCAGUCAGUGGAGCAUGAGACUCUUAAUCUCAGGGCGUGGGUCAGCGUGUCAUAGUUGGUUGGUCCGCGUACUAUUUGCCGUAAACAUUCCAUAUCGCUAGCGACAUCGUAGGGAGUCAGUCGGUCUCUUUUUGCCGUAUUAAGACAUGCCGUUGUGCAAGAUCGCAUGAUCACAAAAAAAGCGGCUUACCGCUAUGCACAAGAAGAUCAAUUCCAUUCCAUUUAAAAGCGCUGAUGAAAAACCAAAAGGAGAUGAACGAACAAAAAAAAAAAAGACUAUAUCUAAAAAAUUUUUUAAAAUAGUUUUCUAUAUUGGACACAUUAAAGUGAAAAAGUUAGAGGGGACAUUUUUUUUUUGUUUAUGUGUAAAGAAGGCAAAAUAGCGCUCAAAAGCUUACAAGUUUGGAAAAUAAUGUCUAAUAAUAAAGGAAAAAUAAAUUAUUGGCUAGAACUGUACAACUGAACUUAUAUAUUUAAAUACAAUAAAGAAAAGGCUACGAAAAAAAAGAACUUGCUUGAAAUUGCGGUUUGGGCUUAUCCUCGAUUGAAUGCCAACAGCAUUGGAAGGAAAGAAUCGAAAAAUUUUACAGUUGCGGCUAUUCUCAGGGAGCUAAAUGGCCAAAAGAGUAAGUUCUUCACUACUUGCAGAAAUCACCAAGCUGUCACCGACUCCAAGGCUACCAACUUAUAAGAGAAUUGCAAGGUAUUGUUUUAGUUAAGAGAAAAAAAAAAACAAAUAUGAAUAAUUAAACAGCGUAUCUCACCGCUGAGGCUAGGUCUGGGGUGGCGCACGUGUGAGGGGAAGUAGGGGGACCCUGGAUAGAUACCGACGGACAAAGGAUGGACCAACAGAUGACGUACCGGACGGAUAUCACAAUAUGACUUAAAAUAUUACAUAGUAUAAAUAAAAGACGUUCGUUAUUAUUUUUAUUUUACCUUUUUACUUUUUUUCUCUAUUUGUUUGUUUUUUUUGUAAUGCGGCGCAGCGAUCAAAAAAAAAUUAGAAAAGAAAAAACAUGCACACCACUCUACUGCGAGCGAGUUAGGCCGCGUUACAGACUGCUUGAUCUUUGCUUUACCAAUUUUCCUGAGAUUUUUGUUAAUCGUUGUCUUCUUUUUAGUUUACCUGGGGAUUCUUAUCAUCCAGCAUUGGGUAUUUCCUUUCAUUACAAGCAUGAUACUCCGUUGAACUUCUGUAACGUUCCAAAUUGAACUUUUUCAAAUAAAUUUUAUGAUUUCCAUAAAAUCAAUGUUUCAAUGCUGAAAUCUCAUCUUUCAC